GCGGGCGGCCACAAGAUAUUAUUAGAGUUCCUGGACGAGACGCUCAUGGACCAGCCAGUACCAGAGGCCGCGAAGUACUUGAAGGAGUGCUUGUUCACGCUGCGACGGAGGAACAACGAGGGCAUGAAGGCCUACGCUCAGCGGAGCAGGACAACGACGGAAAUCAAGCUAGUCAAGAAGAUGCGGCCCGAGGAGAAGACAGAGUCCGUGACGCUGGAGUCCACUCGGGAACGGGAAGGCCCUGAAGGCGACGAUGAAGGCGCAGAGGACGACGGCAGCUGGAAGGACGAGAACGACGGUUACUGGAAGGGUAGCUGGUGGUACGGCAGCAGCUGGUGGUCGAGUUCACCAACAGGGUCGGCUGGCUGGACCUGGCCACAGGGGACGACGUCGCUGAAGGCACACAAGAAGGUGACGCUGAAGGAGAAGGCUACGGAUGCGUUGUGCUCACUGAUGGCGCGUUUUGACUUGGGGGAUGAUGAUGCGGACAUCAAGGCGCUGAAGGGGGUGGCGACGGAGGCGCGCGAGACGCUGAUCCCGUCGGUGAUGGCGGGAUGGCUGCUGCUUCAAAGAGCAGGGCUCAAUGCUCAAGAGCGCGCGGAAGUUCUGUCGUCGGCCAAGAACUCGCUGAAUCUGAAGAACAUCGAGGCAGCGCUGCGGGGCCAGUGGGCAGACGUGGACCUGAAGGAGGCCCCAGGCGACUACGACCCGGAAGACGACUACGAAGCCUGCGUGGAGUUCGACUGGGAUGAGGACGAACUUGACUUCGAAGGUCUGGACGAGGAGGAACGCGCGGAGGCAGAGGAGGCACUGGCGGUCAUCGCCGGAGCCAAGAAGGACGUCAAGAACCAGAAGAGGACGCUGGCACAAGCGCGGGCCGUGGUGAAGGAUAUCAAGCAAAGCCGAGGGUUCUUCCAGAAGGGCAGGGGCAAGGGCAAGAAAGGCGGCAACGGCCGAGGAGGGCCGUGCUUCAUCUGCAGUGGACCUCGCAGGAAGGCCGACUGCCCGAAGAACCCGGAGCACCGAAACAGGGAGCAGCCGCGCGGACGAGCAUCUCAGGUUCGAGCGUUGGCGCUCAGCUUCGCGAGCUGGGAGGCCGACGACGGCGAGCUCGAGGAGAACGACCUGGAGAUGGCCUACGCGGAGUUCGAGGUGGAGCACGCGCUGGCCGGGCUCGCAGACGAGACGGAGGGGUGCAUGGUGCUCGACAGCGGAGCAACAAAGACGUUCGGAUCGAUCGUGGCGCUCGAGAAGAUCAUCGAGAAGCAGCAGCAGGCAGGAAUCGACACGAGCAACGUGAAGGUCGAUGUGACAGAUCGGCCGAAGUUCGGGUUCGCUAACGGCGACGCGGAGCAGUGUUCGUGCGGGGCGAAUCUCCCGCUGCAGGCGAACGGGGGCCACUACGUGCCGCUGCUGGGAUCAGUGGAUUUCCUGAAGCGCGCUGGAGCGAUCAUCGACUUCGAGACGGGGGUCGCUUGUUUCGACAAGAUCACGAAGAACAAGGUGGCGAAGCUCAAGCGGAUCUCGACGGGACACCUGUGCAUCGACAUGACGAAGGAUCUCUACGACGCGAAGGUGAACCACACCGACAGAGAGGACUUCAAGCAGAAGCUCGAGGACUUACAGCAGGCUCUCGGCACUGCAAGGGUCGCGGCGGCCGAUCCAGCCGCGACAGCCGACGUCCCGAUCGACAGGAACAAGCACCGCAACAUCAAGAAGGACAAAGACCUCGACGGUGGUUCAGGACAUCGGAGGGGCAGUGGAGACCGACAGCGACGACAGACCGAUCCAGAGCGAUGGGGCAAGCGGACCAUCGGCGAAUGGAUGACGCUGGAUCGUCGGGACCUACGACUGGACUGGGACAGAGCGGAAUCUGCCGACGAGAAAGAUGAUCGCUACACGGGCAAGCCCUGCUACGGCGAGCACGACCCGACACGCCCGCUGGCGAGGCACGCCAACGGCUACAAGGUGAGCUACAAGUUCGUGAGAUGCGAGCUGGUCAUGCUGUACAUUCCGAAGCACGGGGCGACGGGCAGGUGCAGGCAGAGGGGGGGCGACGACGUCAUCACGUUCGGGAUUGACGUCGAGUACCACAGGGAGGAGAUCAACCUGAAGGACUACAGCUGGGUGCUAGAGCAGGUGGCGGAAGCUGGGAUGGCGACAGACCUCUACGUGAAACAGCUGAUCGAGUUUUGCACGGAGGAGGGCAGCCAGCUCGGGAAGGUCGCGGAGGAGCGCGAGGAUGCCGAGAUCAUCAGGAUCACCAGGAAGGACGCGGAUCUCAGCACGGAGCACGGGCUGGAGUUGGCAAAGAACCUGGCGGUGAAAAACCCUGGAGCAGACAUCUGGGGAAGCCUACCGUGCACGGCAGUCAGCGCACUUCACAGCGGCUACAUCGGCAGGCAGGAUGGCCAGCACUGGAAGAAGCUCGAAGCACGAAAGAAGAACCUCAAGAAAAUUGUGAAUCACUUCGUUGAAGUGAGUAGGAUCGUCAAGGACAAUGGGGGCGACGUACACUUCGAGCGGCCACGCAACUGCCAUGGCUGGAAGUACUUCCCGGAGCUGACGGAGUUCUUCGGCGAGCUGGGCAUGGAGAAGGUGAACUUCGACGGGUGCCAGGUCGGGGUGGUCAACACUAAGGGCGAGCCGAUCUACAAACCGUGGACGCUGUGGACCAGCAGAAAGGAGCUCGCGACGGCCUUGAGCGGCAAACGCUGCCCAGAUCCCCAAGGACACGGACAUGCGGAAUGCUGUGGGAAGGAUGCUACCUUGUCGGGCAAAUACCCUGCGAGAAUGGCGAGGCUCAUCUGGCGGAACAUCGUGGAACCGCCGAAGCUGAUGGGCCUGAUCGAGGAGCUAAGGCAGGAGGAAGCCCUGGCGAACGACAACAAGGAGAUGUUCGACCACGAGAGGGAGCUCGAGCUGACGAGCGACGAGCAACUGCAGUGGAACGACUUACCGGCGCUGAAGGAAAAUGAGUUAAUGAAAGCAGCGAGGCGGCUGCAUCGGAAUACUGGCCACCGACCACAGAGGGUGAUGAUCAGGAUCCUGCGGAGACGCGGGGCUUCAGCGACGACAAUCGCAGCCGCGAAGCAGAUCAAGUGCAGCUCGUGCAUCGAGAAUCAGAUGCCCAGACCGAGACCAGCAGCAGUACUCGAGCCAGCUCGAGACCUAUGGCAGGUGGUCGGCAUCGACGUGAAGGAGAUCGUGGGCAACGACCCAGUCAAGCGGAAGUACCUUGUGAUCGUGGACGAGGCGAGUAAGCUGACACUGGCGGUCAAGAUCUUUUCAGUGCCCGCCCAGGAGUCGAGGAACUGCACCGCCAAGGAGCUGCUGGAUGCGUUCAGAGGACACUGGUCAGAUCGGCAUGGCAUGCCGAGCGUACUGAGGCUUGAUCCGGAAGGAGCAUUCGUGUCGCACGAGUUCUACGACCGCAUUGCAGGUGAAGGAGUCCAGGUGGAUCCGUGUGCCACCCAGGCUCACUGGCAGAAUGGCAUCGCGGGGCGUGCAAUCAAGACGGUGUUCGAGUGCGCCAAGGCCAUGCAUCGCGAUCAUGAGACCGACCUGGAGGCGGCAGUGCAUGCAGCGGUGGAGGCACACAACGCGGUUGAGAGGGUCGACGGCUACCGUCCGAGCCAAUGGGCCUUCGGACGAGACAAGAACUGGUCGGGGACUCUCAAGAAGGAGGACCACCUGGACGUCGUGGAGUGCACGAACCAGAGCUACAUGGAGAACCUGUCCAGGCGGGUGCUGGAGUCCAAGAUCAUUGGCGAGCGGAUUCUCAAGCAGCAGCAGGUGAUUUCAGUGGACAAGGAGGACGUGCCGAUGAACGAGGAGACCUACACACCGGAGACCACAGCUCGUGCACCAGAAUAUGGAGACAAGGAGGACCACUGGGAAGAAGGCUUCAGAUCCAAGCCGGAGAAGACGACCAUGGAGAGGAUCACCGUGAUAAGGUAUGAGGAUUGCUCCGAGGAGACGGUCAAGGACGACAGCUGGAACGUGCAUGGGAAGUCUACGAGGUCAAUGGGGCGAGGCUGGACUGGCAGGACCUACCUGUUUCCCAUUGCGGACAAGCCGGAGGAUAUGAAGGUGGACCAGAAUGAUAAGGAGGGGAUCCAUGAGAAAGCGAAGAAGACGGUCGUGGAGCAGGUCCCGGAGACCCAUGAGACACUGAGAAAGACCAGCCGUCGACGGAUGACAUCGUGA